AUGAAAGAGAUUUUAGAAUCCCAACAUGAGAACAAGGAGAUGGGGUAUGUCUUGCAACAAGUGGAGGAGGAAGAGAUCGUUGAAGAAGUGAUUGAAGACCUAGGCAAAGUUGAGCAAGAGAUCAACCAACAUUCAACGUUGAGGGCUUGGUAUGAACGUUUGAGCAAGUUUUUAAUAGAAAAGGGUUUUAGAAGAGGGAAGGUUGAUACAACUUUAUUUAUCAUGAUUGAAAACAAAAAUAUCCUUUUGGUACAAGUUUACGUCGAUGACAUAAUAUUUGGUUCAACUAACGAAUCACUUUGCAAGUUUUUCUCAAACCUCAUGCAAAGUGAAUUUGAAAUGUCCAUGAUGGGCGAACUCAACUUCUUCCUUGGUCUUCAAAUCAAACAAGGAAAAGAAGGAACUUUCGUUAGCCAAACCAAAUAUUGCAAGGAAUUGCUCAAAAGAUUUGGAAUGGACAAUGCUAAGGCAAUGGACACACCAAUGAGCACUACUUGCUACCUUGACAAAGAUGAACAAGGUAAAAACAUAGAUGUAAAGAAGUAUAGAGGCAUGAUAGGAUCAUUACUUUAUCUAACGGCAAGUAGGCCAGAUAUCAUGUUUAGUGUAUGCAUGUGUGCGAGAUACCAAGCUAAUCCUAAGGAAUCUCACUUAAGUGCGGUGAAAAGGAUUAUGAAGUAUCUCAUAGGAACAUUAAAUGUUGGAUUGUGGUAUCCGAAAGGAUCCACUUGUGAUUUGAUUGGUUAUUCCGAUUCCGAUUUUGCCGGUUGCAAAUUGGAUAGGAAAAGCACUAGCGGCACUUGUCACUUGCUAGGAAACUCUCUUGUUUCAUGGCAUAGUAAGAAACAAGUAAGUGUAGCCUUGUCUACCGCCGAAGCCGAGUAUGUAGCCGCCGGUAGUUGUUGCGCCCAAAUUUUAUGGAUGAAACAACAACUUAUGGACUAUGGACUCAUGCUUGAUCACAUUCCUAUCAAAUGUGAUAAUACUAGUGCAAUAAAUUUAACCAAGAAUCCGGUUCAACAUUCAAGAACCAAGCAUAUUGAGAUUAGACAUCACUUCAUAAGAGACCAUGUUGAAAAGGGUGAUGUGGUUAUUGAAUUUGUCGAAACUAGUAAACAACUAGCGGACAUCUUCACUAAACCUUUAUGUAAAGAAAGUUUUUUUAACAUCCGAAAUGAACUUGGUAUCUUGGAUUCUAAUCUAAUAUGAUUUGUUUGAAUUCAUUGUAUUUAUAUUGCUAUUUUUGUAUCUCUUACUAACUUAAGCAUUGGAGAUAUCCAAU